AGCUUUUCAAACGCGAAACGCGAGAAGAGUACAAAAUCGAUCCCGCGAUGCGAUAGAAUAAUAGCCGACAGCUUUCUCGACGCCUGGCUGAUUACGUACCGAUUACUUCGAAGAGGAAAGAAAAGAAAAAGCAACAAGAAAUAUGGAAUCCGCGAUUGGGCAUCUCGAGCAAAGCGUACAAAAAGCUGACGGAAAAUUAGACAUGAUCGCAUGGCAGAUAGACGCUUUUGAAAAAGCUUUCGAGGAUCCGGAAGACGAGAUAUCUGUGCUUCGCCUAUUACACUCUGUUCAUCAGGUUACGAAAGAUUAUCAAAAUCUCCGUCAAGAAAUUUUGGAAGUUCAACAGUUACAGAAACAGCUUUCUGAUUCACUUAGAGCUCAGCUUACACAGGUGCACGGACAUUUUAAUUUAUUGCGCAAUAAGAUUGUAGGACAUAAAUCACCGCAGCUGCAUACUUUGGUUUUUGAAAAAUUAAAUUGCCUACAAGUAUCUGUACCAUCCUCGUGUCGUGAAUGCGGACGAGCGCCUUGUUCUAAUAACCUACUCCCACACCAAUCAGCCAGACCAUUCGCUUGCUUGGUCGGUCGGUCGGUUCCCUGGUACCCUGGUCUGGCGAGGUGUCGGAUUCAGUCGUCGACCGACCGGUUUCGGGCCCUGUUCGCCACAACGGAUCUGUCCGUCGCGGCCGAUGCGGGAAAGCGGGGCUUUCGCUUCUUUCAUACCAAGAGAGGCUGGCUUGUCUUGCGACUAGACAUGCGUUUUCUCGUACUUAAUCUGAUGUUAUUAAUAGUGAACUUGCUAGUCGUUGGAAAAGUUUCCGCCCACGGAAGACUGAUUGAACCACCCUCGAGGGCCUCCAUGUGGAGAUACGGCUUCGACACGCCUCACGAUUACAACGAUCACGAAUGUUACUGCGGCGGCUUCACCAGGCAGUGGCAGCGAAACAAAGGGAAAUGCGGUAUCUGUGGAGAUCCCUGGGAUUCUCCAACGCCACGUGCUCAUGAAACGGGCGGCAAAUACGGAAACGGUGUGAUUGUCCGGCGUUAUCGGACCGGAUCCGUUAUACCGGUCCGCGUGGAGCUGACGGCGAACCAUCACGGCUACUUUGAAUUCCGCACCUGUGCUAUGACCUACCGCGAUCGAGAGGUCACUCAGGAUUGUCUGGAUCGUCAUCUGCUAUCCGCCAAAAACGGAUCCACUCGCUACUAUCCCGGUCCCGGUAACCGGGUCUUUGAGGGCUACUACAAGCUACCGGAAGGUUUGACCUGCGCCCAAUGUGUCUUCCAGUGGCGAUACAUCGCUGGCAAUAAUUGGGGCGAUUGCGGCAAUGGCACAGGAGCGGUCGGAUGUGGACCUCAGGAGGAAUUUCGAGCUUGCGCCGAUAUUGUGAUCGGCGACAACGAAACAGCAUUACCGGCGAACCUACCGAAGCAGCCGACGUCCACUUCUACCUACGACGAAUCGUCAACAAGUUCACCGUUACCAAAAUCCAUCGGGCCGUACUGGCUCUUCAGCGUUGUCAUCGCCGGUACGUGCCUGUUGGUGGUGCUAGCCAUUAUGGCAUUGCUUUAUACGUACUACUAUCACGCCGGCAGAGCCAAAAAAUGGCUCAUGGCAAGGAGAUCUCUGGCGCAGGAGAGUCCACCGCCGGUCGCCCCGCCGAGACACAAAAGGCAUCAUCAUAUAUCGAACACGCAGCUGCAAUUGUAGAACUCUGUAUUCAAUUGUCGAUAUCACACAUUUUGGAAAAAAAGAUAGUUACAUUUCGAAUGGAUCACUGUAUGAUAUUCUUGCGAUGCUUGAAGUUGUCUCCUACUUUUGUAGUCAUCAUAGAUUGAAAAUCAUAAAGAAUCGCCAGAAAAUUACGUUUUUCAAGCGAUGUAUUAACAUUUUUAUAUUAGGCGCACGUAUUUUCUUGUAUAUAUAAAUAUUUUAUAUUAAACAUAUUUAUUUUAUAUAUAAUCGUA